AUGCUAUCACAGCCGAAAUCACUGCGCUCUUUUGCGCUCAAGAUAUAUCUCAAAUACCAGCGCAAACGAUGGAUAUCGAAGAACAAUCCCCGCCGACCACCGACUGCUUCUUCGACAGUGAACAAAGCCUUCUUUCACAGACUGCUGGAGUUUCCCAGCGAAAUACUAUCCCAAAUACUGGAAGAUCUACAGGAUGACCUUCUCUUCUGUAUAUCUGGCUUGUGUCGUCGCUUCAACGAAGUGGCACUUCGCAUCUACUUCGACCGCAGGAGCGUACCUGCGGGGGACAUCGCGUCUGGGGAACUCGUCUUGGGGUCCUCAGAAAGCCUCUCCGGAUUCCGACGUGCAUUCUUUGUGAACUCCAUUCGCUCGUUGACGUGUGGCUUCCGUGACUGGUAUGUCAUGGAAGACCUGUGGGAGCUUGAGUGGCUUCUGAAGCGCACCCGAGUUACACGCGACCUCUCGCUCAACUUCCGCCAGAGCAUCUUCCAGGUCGCUGACAACGAUCCCAUCGCUUCCUUCACAACCCACGAUCUACUGAACAGUCUGCGUAAAGUGAUACGCGCUCUAACGAAACGACGCGCCGCGAUCGUUGUCCUGACGGGGAACAAACUGGGCGGGGUGUUCACAUGUUCGCCCGAGGACGUCCUGCGGUGGGAUCUUGAGCGGCGGAACUUCACUCGCAAACGGACGCGUUUCGAGCAGUUCUCCAACCGCGUGAAAGCAGGCCUACGCCUCGAACCUCGUACACCGUACGAGACGCUUCUUCGAAUGUACUUCGAACCCCCAGAAACAAACUCAUCUAUCAAAUACCUCGAAGAGGUGCAGAUCCGGCAUCUCGAUUCACCACGGUUGUGGAGUCUGAUCACUUUCAAUACGAGCUCGAUCGACCACUUGGCUCUGACGGUCAACCUAUCCCCCGAAAUCUGGGGCGCAAUCCUUCCGUCUGUGCAUCUUCCGGCGUUGAGGUACUUCGAAGUGAAUUCGAGUAGCGGGUUCUUCGCUAGUGACGUGGAAGCCUUCGCUAGCAGGCAUAAAACUGUUUCUUUUGUGGUGCUGAAAGCCAUUGUCAUAGCACCCAAUACGCCCCCGAUCACCCCGGAAAUAUUCCCAUCGAUUUCCUGGCUCGCAUCAACUCCAGCGUAUCUGGCGCGUGUCCUCGGCUCCACUGACGCCUUCCCGCACUUGACCGAUAUCUGGAUCGUGCCGUCGAUGGUCUACGAAGGGCCACAUAUCGACACGUCCUCCGCCGUUGAUCCUUUCAACGAAAUAUUCCGUUCUCUGGCCAGACGACACAAUGAGCUGCACGUGGGAUUCGACCCAUUUUCCGUCCCUUCAAUAGACGAACUCGUCCAAUGUCUUACCACCCGCCCUGCUGCAGGCGUAGACGAGGAAGCACAGGGGCUCCAGUCCGUUAUCUCUAUUGCGAUUAGUGAAUAUCGGAAAGAGGCUGUCGAUUAUCUCCCGCGCUGGCUCUCGUUCUUCCCGGCACUGCUCGAUAUCAACUUCUCGGAUAAAUUUAUGGCAUCGUUCGGUCGCGACCGAGAGUUGGUGCAAUACAUCAAUCUAGUACAUCAAGCGUGUCCUUACGCGAAGAUCAAUCCAGAUGGAGUGCGUUGA